GUUGUAUACAUACGUAUAGGGUAUAGGGUGGGCUGCUGUGGCUGCAGCUGCUUUUGUGAAAGGGGAAAAGUCAGACAAAUAAUACACUACUUUUUAUAGAGUUUGGUAUAUGGGCUAUUGAUUUUCCUUUUCCUCUGCUUUCAUAGGUUAUGCCGUUUCAGCCCUAGGAUCCAGUAAACUUCAAUUCCAAGAGAAUAGUAUUUUUUAGGACAUGGAGCAAGUGUGCCUUUUCUCUGAAUGCUUUGGGUAUCGAGCUUUUUCAUUUCAGGAAGUUCUUGAUUGGCGGUUCCUCAUCCGUAGAGAUUUCCUUCUUGUUUCCUUUGUCAAUUGCACAUAGUGAACAGCUCCUCUUGGCUGUUCAGUACAGGAGGCAAUUUGCAAUUUCCAUAUAAGCUAGUGUGUUGGAUGUUUAAUGCAAUUCCUCUAGUAAGCAGCACACCGUAUGAUGUCAGUUGUGACUGUACUGUUAACUACCUCGUGCAAAUUUAUUUUUACUAGCGCAUUGCCGAUACGACACCCAUUCAAGACCCUUUGGAAACCAUCCUCUGAGGGCUAAAUCAGCAGAUGCAUGAAUACAUAGUUGGAGUUAGUUAGCUGUUUGUACACUUGCUUCGGGUUUGGUAGUUUCUAUCUACCUGUCUUCACGAUUCAGUUGACUGAAGACUUGGUAUCAGACUAAAGUGUAUUGGAGGCAAGGAGCUAAUGUGCUGUUGAGAAAGAAGUUUCAAUCAUCUCUUGAACGUGUGAUCGACCUGUUGAAUUUAGCUGUUUGAGUCUCAGUUAGCUCUGAAGUAGUAUCAAGAUGCAUUGUGGCACUUGUCUUUGCUUGCUUUCUCUCUCCUGUUACAGUUUUGGAUCUUUUAGUGCCGUAUAUCUAACAAAUAAGGCUGUGACGCCCAUUCGUCCUAUCAUUGCUGGUUUUGCCCUCGUCAGUUUUUCCGAAGGAAACUAAGGGGAUUUUGCUGAAUCAGUCAGGCCACUAGUUCCUUUUAGUAUUUUCUUUUCCAGUCAUUCCGAGACCGAAAAAAUUUCACUUAGUUUAUGUGCUUGUUAUCUCUCCGCCUCCAAUAAAUAAGUGUCCUACGUGCUAUUGAAGCUGCAAAAAUGGAAAGGUACAAGAUAAUUAACGAAGUUGGUAAUGGCACAUUUGGAAAUGUUUGGCGUGCACUUAAUAAACAGACUGGUGAAGUGGUUGCAAUAAAAAAGAUGAAGAAGAAGUAUUAUUCAUGGGAAGAAUGCAUAAACUUGAGAGAGGUCAAGUCUUUGAGAAAAAUGAACCAUCCAAAUAUUGUGAAGCUGAAGGAAGUGGUUAGGGAGAAUGACAUUUUGUACUUUGUGUUUGAAUACAUGGAGUGCAAUUUAUAUCAGCUCAUGAAGGACAGAGCAAAGCGUUUCUCAGAAUCCGAAGUAAGAAAUUGGUGCUUCCAAGUAUUUCAGGGUCUUGCUUAUAUUCAUCGACGAGGAUAUUUUCAUCGUGACCUUAAGCCAGAGAACUUGUUGGCUUCGCAAGAUAUAAUUAAAAUUGCUGAUUUUGGUCUUGCUCGGGAAAUCAACGCUCAGCCUCCAUAUACGGAAUAUGUAUCAACACGUUGGUAUCGUGCUCCUGAAAUUCUUCUCCAGUCACCAAUCUAUGGUCCUGCUGUUGAUAUGUGGGCAAUGGGUGCUAUAAUGGCUGAGUUGUUUAGUCUUCGUCCUCUAUUUCCGGGUUCAAGUGAAGCAGAUGAGAUAUACAAAAUAUGCAGUGUUAUAGGGACCCCAUCCAAGAGGGAAUGGGCGCAGGGACUUCAACUUGCUAGUGCUAUCAACUACCAAUUUCCACAGAUUGCUGGUGUAGAUCUUGCCUUGCUAAUUCCAUCUGCCAGUGAGGAUGCUGUUAGCCUAAUCACGUCUCUUUGUUCAUGGGAUCCUUGUAAUAGGCCGACAGCCGUCGAUGCUCUUCAACAUCCUUACUUCCAGAGUUGUUUUUAUGUACCUCCAUCACUACGCACCAAGACUGCUGUUGCUAAGACUCCUCCUCCGGCUGUCAUGAGGGGUUCAUUGGAGCAAAAGUACGACAAGUGGUCGUUUGGGUCGUCACCCAACCCCAAGCCCAGUAGCUUCUCCACCGUUAAGUCACAGGUGCCUGUUAACACAGUGACUCAUGUAACAGGCGUACAAAGGAGGUUGGAUAUGAAUUAUCAGGAACCAAUGAGGAAUGAUAAAUCCAUGAAAGACUCUGUUAAUCAACAACCAAAAUACCGACCUCCUGUAAGGAAUGUCCCAAUGGUUGGUUCUGGAGUGACAACUCGUGCCAUUUCGGAUGCAGCUGAGAAGCUGGCGAACGUGAGCAUUGGCUCUGGUAGAGGACCUACAAAGCAGCCAGUAUUUAAGCCAAUGAAGGCAGGAGGGUGGCAUGGGCAGCAGGACUUGUUCCAUGGACGGUCUCAAGAGUUUCUUCCUGGAAGAAGCUAUUCAAGGAAAGUUGCUGGAUGAAGAAUGUUAUAAGCUUGAGUGUCGUAUUCUGUUCAAGUGUUAUUUAGCGAUAGUAGUCUUUAUGUGCAUGGCCCAGUUUGAUGUUACUUUGGUGAGCCAGCAGUCUUGUGCUUUGCAAGUUUGUUUCAUUUUGGUGAUACUGUCACAUCUACGUUGAAGAUGUUGAAUAAAUGUGUUUGCUUGUUUUGGUGAUACUAUCAUUUCUACAUUCAAGUAUUGAAUAAAUGUUUAUGCGUAUGAGAUACUUAAA